GAAGUAGUCAAGCAGGAUAGGCAGAAGAGAUAGUUACGUAGAAGCGUGUUAGUCAAUCUACUGACGCCGAACGGGACAACCGUUGGAAGUAUUUGAGAGAUUCGAUCAUCCUCGAUAAACGUCGUCGUUGUCGUCAUCGUCGUCGUCGUCGUCGUCGUCGUUGUUGUUAUUAUUGUUAUUAUUGUUAUUGUUCUUUCAUUUUUCCUCGGUUGUCCUGUUAUUUUAUUCUUUCUCUUCCCAUCUUUCUUAUUCUUCUUCUUAAACUGUGUAAUACGCGAAACAGAGAGAAAAAGAAAGUAAAGAGGAUCGUAUUACUCGUCACUUUGGAGUCUUAGAAUUUGAAAAACAAGUGGAUCCACGUGUAAGAAGACGAGAUGGUUGCGAAGGAUUCGAAAGUGGUUACAGCAGAGCUGAUGAACCCCUACGAGAAACCACCGGCUAUGUCUACUGGUCAAUCGUUGAAGACAUUCUUGUAUAAUCAUGAGAGUGGUGCUUUCAUGGGCAGGACCGUCAGUAGUUGGGGUAAAAUAGGGCUGUUCUAUUUGGUAUUUUAUGGAAUACUGGCAGCAUUGGUCGCAAUCUGUUUUUGGGGAUUCUUUCAAACUCUUGACCCAAGGAUACCUCGAUGGCAAUUAGAACGUUCUAUAAUCGGAACUAACCCAGGAUUGGGUUUCAGGCCGAUGCCACCAAUGGAAAAUGUAGAAAGCACAUUAAUUUGGUACAGUGGAACAGACAGUGAAAAUUUUAAACAUUGGGUUGAUUCUCUUCAAAGCUUCUUAAAGGAAUACAUAACACCUGGCUCCAUUCCUGGGCUUGGUGCUAACAUUAACAAAUGUGAUUACAAUCAACCACCACCACCUGGAAAAGUUUGCGACGUGGAUGUAAAAAAUUGGCAUCCUUGUACAAAAGAAAAUAAAUAUAAUUAUCAUAAAUCGGCACCAUGUAUUUUUCUUAAACUGAAUAAGAUUUAUGGCUGGAGACCGGAAUUUUACAACGACACGGAAUCCUUGCCGGAAAAAAUGCCACUUGAUUUAAAAGAACAUAUCGCAAGUUUAAAAGAUAAGAAUUCUUUAGUACUCAAUACAAUUUGGGUUUCUUGCGAGGGUGAAAAUCCUGCUGAUCAAGAGAACAUAGGACCAAUUAAUUAUUUACCACGACGAGGUUUCCCCGGUUAUUUUUAUCCUUUCGAAAAUUCGGAAGGAUAUUUGAGUCCUUUGGUUGCUGUCCAUUUUGUAAGACCACGUACUGGUAUUUUAAUAAACGUGGAAUGCAAGGCAUGGGCCAAAAAUAUUAAACAUAGCCGCAACGAUAAAUUAGGUGCUGUUCACUUUGAACUGAUGAUAGAUUAAUGUUUUAAAAUGCAGAUCUUUUUUCGAUAUUUUUUAAAUAUAAUAGCUGAGCUAUCAACUUUUAUACUUUUCAGGUUCUGCAUAGAACCUGACAAUAUGUAUUUCACCUUUAAUAAAUUAUUACGUGUCUCUAAGCAUUUUUUACCAAGUAAACCGCGUAGAAAGUACUUAGAGUAAAAAUAAAAUGUUCUGGGAAUAAUCGUCCCACCUGAAAUUUGAUCCUGAUUAAUUUUUUUUUUUUCCAAUAGAUUCUUUUAUUAUAUCGAUCAAUGAAACGGAAAUAUAUCUUAGAGUUUUCUAAAAUUAUAUAAUAAAAACAAUAAUUGGAAUAAAAAAAAAUAGUUUUGUAUCAUAAUUAAUAUCUGAAUAAUUUUUAUAUAAAAUAAUAAGAUCUAUGAAGGAAUAGUGACAAGCAUGAUAUAAUUGAAAAAACUUAUAUAAUUUAUAUUAAAGGUAUUACGUGCUUUUUUUUUUAUGUAGGAAGUGAAUAAGAGUUGUAAAUUAAAAAAUAACAUUAAUUGUGUACAAUUCUCAAUUGUAAUUAAGUUUUUAUAAUAUAUAAAAUCUCUCCAUUUUUGUUUCUAUUUCAGCUAAUUUAUAUGAUUAUUUUUGAAAAGCUCAGAUUUUUUGUAUAAUAUUAUUGUACAUUUUGAGGGGAACAGAUCUGCAUUUGAUUAUACACACAUAUAUAUAUACAUAUACAUAUGUAUAUAUAUGUACACACACACACACACAUUAUGUUUAAGUAUUAAAUGUAAUUAAGUGUUAAUGACAAAAUAAUUACAAGAAAAACAAAAAACGAAACAAAAAAAAAAAGACAAACUGUACUCUCGUUAGUGUAAAUUUAUAAGAUUUUUGCACGUUCUAUAGAUAAUAUUGAUGUGUUUUAUUAUUAAAAUGCACACGAAGUUUUUCAGUGAAAAACUUAUGCUUUUUCAGGAAAGAUUGUUGCACUUGCAAAAAAAUCCGCGGGGCGAUUCUUACUUAGGUAGCGUUAUUUUCUUUCUUUCUUUUUUUUCUUUUUUUUUUUGAUCAAAAAUAUUUCACAAUUUAAUAUUCAUUUAAACAAAACAAAAAAUACACUUCACUAGAAUUUAAUAAUUUACAUUUUCAAUAAAUCGCUAUUGUUUAUAUAUAUAUAUACACAUGCGAUUCAUUUUAUUUAGUUGUAAUAUUUCUCGAGUACAAUUUCUAACUUACAACCAAAUUUAAACGAUCAUUCAGUAUUAUUAAGGCCAUUUAAAUAAAUAUCUACUUUGUUAAUAUAGGGUAUGUGUUUUAAGAAAAAAACAGCCCCAAAAAAUAGGACAAACUGCCGAAACAAUGUUCUUCCCCGGAAACAUAUAUAUGUAUAUUAUUUCGAAAAAAAAAGAAAACAAUUACGAAAUAACCAUAGCAUUGCUUCGUAUAAUUCUGAUGAAUCACAUGCAUUUUUACUUUUGUCCUUUAUAUACACAUAUAUAUUAUAACAAUGAUCGAAGAUUUUAUAUGAACAAAAAACAAAACUCACUUAUUUUCUUGAUUUUCUAAUUACAAUAAUAAUGAAUAUAAAAGACACCAAAACACAAUACUAUAUCAGAAUAUUGUUACAAUAUUUUGUAAAAUUUAUAAAUAUAAUAACAAUAUUUAUAAAUUUUCGGAGUAUCGAAUUAUUUUCAUGUCAAGAUAAACUCUCGAAUGAGUACAGUGCUAUCGAAAUGAAACUGAAAGAAAUCAUAUUAUAUAUAUAUAUAUAUAUAUAUAUAUAUAUAUAUAUAUAUAUAUGUAUAUAUAUAUAGGGUGUUUUUAAUCUAAUGGUACAACCAAAAGAAUUUGAUUUUAUAUGAAAAAAUAAAUCGUAAAUAUAGUAUAACAUUUUUAUACAGAUCUUUAAAUUUAAUUCAUUCAAAAACAAAGUCACUUUACAAUUUCGAUUUAUUUUUUCAUAUAAAUAUAUUUCCUUUAGAGUAAUAUCGCUAGAUUAGAAUCAUUCUAUAUAUAUACAGUCCAUGAAGAAAUUUUAAUUAUAAAAAUCUUGACCUGCAAAGAGAUAUAUUUACAAGUGCCUUGAAAUUUAGAAUCUCAUUAUAAUUCUUUAAGUAUACAUUUUUCUGCGAUUAUCAUAUUUUUACACAAUUUUAUGAGAUAGAACUGAAAUGUAUAAUAAAGUAAUGUGUACUUGCCAAAAAGUUCAAUAAAUUCUGUGUUUGAAUUAA